GAGAGAGAGAGAGAGAGAGAGAGAGAGAGAGAGAGUGGGAGAGAGAAAGAGAGAGAGAGAGAGAGAGCAUCCAGUCACCAGGACAGCCUCUCCACCAUCCUCACACACUGUAAGGUACCAGAGCCACAAGGAGACUAUAUAUCCUCUAUAAUAAUCAUGGAUGGGACAAAGCCGGCCAUGGAGCCCAACGCGGAGGAGACUCAGGACGAGGCGCAGGAGAGCAAAGGAUGCUUCGAGUGCUGCAUCAAGUGUCUGGGGGGGGUGCCCUACGCCUCCCUGGUGGCCACCAUCCUCUGCUUCUCGGGCGUGGCUCUGUUCUGCGGCUGCGGCCACGUGGCGCUGACCGGCACCCUGACCAUGCUGGAGAACCACUUCUCCAGAGACACCACGGACCACGCCACCCUCGCCUUGGUGAUCCAGAUCUUUCAGUACAUCAUCUACGGCAUCGCCUCCUUCUUCUUCGUCUACGCCAUCAUCCUGCUGGCUGAGGGCUUUUACACCACCAGCGCCAUCAAGAAGGAGCUGCAGAGCGACUUCAAGACCACCGUCUGUGGACGCUGCAUCACUGCCUUCUUCAUGUUCCUGACCUACAUCCUCGCUCUGGCCUUCCUCGCCAUCUUCGGCUUCACGGCGAUACCCGUUUUCCUCUUCUUCAACAUGUGGAAUACCUGCGCUGCCAUGAAGUCUCCCGACGCCAACAUCACCUCGCCUGACUCCAUCUGUGUGGACGUCAGGCAGUACGGUAUUAUUCCCUGGAACGCCACUCCGGGAAAAGCUUGUGGAGCCACACUGGGAGACAUCUGUAACACCAGCGAGUUCUACCUGUCCUACCACCUCUACAUUGUCGCGUUCGCCGGCGCCGGUGCCACCGUCAUCGCAUUGAUCCACUACCUGAUGAUUUUGUCGGCCAACUGGGCCUACCUGAAGAGCGCCGUCUCCACGCACGAGUACCAGGACAUCAAGACCAAGGACGACCAGGACCUGGAGGCCGAGGCGCGCUCCAAGGAGGGCCAGAACUCCUCCUCCUACUCAUAAGGACAAGCGAUCCUCUCUCCCACCACCACCCAUCUCCUCUCCACGCCUCAACACCCCCCACCCUGCAACACCCAGCGCCCGCCCCCCCUCCCCUCCGGUAAAACAAACCACCUCGGUCAUGUUUGAUAGUCCCACAACCUCCUGAUUCUCCAUCCUCUUCCCUUCCAUGAUGUUUAUCAAGAGUUGUGGGCUCACACCAGAAGGGAAGAGAAUAGAGGAUCGGGAGAAGCGGCAGGCCCAGACGGAGGCAGAUGCUUCGGAACGGGAGAGCUCGCCCCGUCGGGUUGGAGCUCAGGUGCGGUACAUCUGUUCAGAAGCGUCUCCUCCCACGUGCUUUUUGGGCGGCGGCUCGUGAACGUGGCCCCGGCUGUGAUGGCCUCGCGCCCUGAGCCAGCACAGCUCUAAAAAAAACAUUGUUCACUGUCUGCUUCAGCCACAGGGAAGCCAGGCAGCGACCAACUUCCUCCGUUUUUUUUGGUGUUUUAUAUGCAUAUAUAUAUGAAUAUGAAUAUAUUGUGCGAAUGUGUACGAAUGUUGUUGUUUUUUUUAAUACUCUCUGAAAAGUAUGCCAGGUUCUAUUACGGUCUUUAUGUUUUUUGCGCUCAUAGUUUUUUUUUCUCCUUUUCUCCAUUUUAGACUUUUUAUUGCUAAUGCUCGAUACGUUGUUGCACUAUUACGAAACAAAAAAAAAGUAAGGGAGAAUCCCUUAAAAACACAAAGUACCCCCCAGUCUCCCCUUCUCUCUCAUAGAAACACCUAAAAGACUCAAAUCAUGUGGUAUCUCAAGGAUUUUUGUGCAUUUACAUGAUAAGAGUUUAUUUUACUGCCAAGCUAUUUAUGGAGUUACUUUUGUGUCUUUAUUAUACUAAUCAAACAGAACAGGUUUAAGAGCAAAACUUUCCACACUGUAAUCAAAAAAUGUUUUAUUGCAAAUCAAAUAAAUUUGUGAAUAAAAAUGUAUUAAUGCAAAUCAAAAAGUUUUGUUUUAGAAAAUCUAUUUUCUUUGCAAUAAAACAUUUUUUAAUUGCAGUUUGGCAAGUUUUGCUCUCAGACCUAUUCUAUUUGAUUGCAUAAUAAAGACGCAAAUGCAACUCCAUAGGUAUUAACUGUUUAUUUAAGACCAGAGGUGCAGCAAACUUUUAUCAAAGGAAUCGUUUUGGGAAAUACGCUCAUUUGCUUUCUUGUCAAUAGAAAGUGGUAUCAAUCUUCUCAUCUAACUCUCGACAAGAAAGCGAAUAAGCGUAUUCAUACAACGUGUUUUUGCUACACUCAUCACCAGCGGCAGCAGAAAUCAAAGAUAAAUCUAUCCGGGUCUCUUAACACAAAAAAAGACACACACCUCAGGUAUCAAACCAAAUCUGAUUUUAACCAGUUGUGUUCUUUUCCAAAGCGUCACCACCGAAAACACAAACCCUUACCGGAUCGCUAUGCUGUCCUGUGUGAAUUAUACAGUAAAAUCCGCUUCUAUCAUUUUCUAAAAUCCCUCCCUUUUGUGAAUGAAGUUCACCUGUAAAUAGCCGAACCACCCUCCUCUCGACACGUGGAGAACACAAUCAGUGUUUUGCCACGCUCUUCUAUUCUUUCUUUUCCACAGAUAUAUAUGUAAAUGUACCCUUUGAGAUAUGUGUUUAGCACUCAAAAUACUAGUUCUGCAUUUGAUAUAAUAAUAAUUGUAAUGUAAACAUCUUAAAUGAUAUGUCGUGAGAGGGAUACAGUGAUAUGAUGCGAUGGAUUGAGGUGCUUGUGACGUAUACAUUUUAAAAUGUGAAGAAAAAAAAAAUAGAUUUUUAAUGUUUUAUCAGUUUUAGGCAGCUGAGUUCUUCUUGUGAUUCAGUAAUAAUUAUUUUAUGGAACUUGUUUGUGCUUAUUUUUUCCGACGGCCGGCCAAAUAAGUGACUCGUCAACACGUGAGUUGAGGAAAAAAAGUCACUUUUUUAUUUUUAUUUCUAACGUCAUGCCUCUCAUAUGAGCCACAGAGACUGUUUUGGAUGUUUACACUCUGAAUAAAACAAGUCAGGAAUUUUCAUACAUUAAUUUUAUAAUCAGUUUAGUAAUCAUGAACUAUAUUCUAUAUUGAACAUCACUGGUUAGUUUACCCUAACAAAAAAAAAAAAAACACUGAAGACAAAUAUUUGAUGAGAUGAAGCAUGUCAGUAUCGUCCAUGUGUGCA